AUGACGGAAGAUUGCAGCUACUGCAGUUGCAGCAUGAUGACGGCGGGCGACAGUUACUGCAGUUGCGAUCGAUCGAUUGUUUACGUGCUCGAUUUGGCGACUCCACGAUUCGACAUCGAUGUCCGACCACCACCGCCGACGGACGGCGGAGGACUGUCGUCGAAGAGGUCAAGUCGUGCGUACAGAUCGAUGAUGAUCGCGAUCGGAGAAACGGACGUGGUCGCCAAUUUCGCGGUUCGGAAACGAUUUACGGGCAGCGCGGAAGCGUUGCAUCGUUCGCUGGCGGACCGUCACUGCGGGCAAACCCCCCCAGCCCCGCAGGAGCAGAAUAGCCCCAAUGAGGUAGUUUCGUCGGCCGACCGAGACUCCUUCAGCGGUACCGAUGGUCCCGACUUGCAGGCGACCGACCCGCAAGUUCCCGACUUGCAGGCGACCGAUCCGCAAGCUCCACACCUUCGUCCUACCGAGUUUCAGAUUAACGACCAGCUGCAAAAGUACAACUUUUGCGCAACCUACGACCCACACGUUACUAACUACUACGCUAACGACUUCUUCGCGGUCAUCACGCCGAAUGCUAGUGACGACUUUGACGCGGUGGACUUGACAGGAGACGACUACUACCGCCAGAGAUCCGUUGACUUUGGUGGCUGGGAAGAACGUGCGCCUGCUGACUCGGCGCAGGCUCGAUCUCUGGAAAACGGGACGCGGGGGACCAGGGUGCAGGCUGCAGGAGAUGCCCAGAAGGAGAAAGGUUCGGUAUGGACCAGGUUCAAAAAGUACAUAAGUCGCGGACUGUGCUGUCAACAACAUUAG